CCCGGAAGGGUGAUGUGGCUGGGGCUUCGCCGGCCUCACUAUGUCUGCCAUUUUCAAUUUUCAGAGUCUGUUGACUGUAAUCUUGCUGCUUAUAUGUACCUGUGCUUAUAUCCGAUCCUUGGCACCCAGCCUCCUGGACAGAAAUAAAACUGGAUUGUUGGGUAUAUUUUGGAAAUGCGCCAGAAUUGGUGAACGGAAGAGUCCUUACGUUGCAGUAUGCUGUAUAGUGAUGGCCUUCAGCAUUCUCUUCAUACAGUAGCUUGGAAGAAUAUCAGAAUUUAAUUGCCAUCAGAUUUCAGUAUGGGAAAGGACUUACUUACAGAAAAUAAUGGAGUGAAUGGUUAACCCUUUUAUCUCUGAACAUUGAAUGAGAUAAAUUUCCAGCUGCUGUUCUCUA